CUUCUCCCGCAGCCGGGAGGGGCUAUGCAGAUCAGCGCGGCGCUGAUAGGCGACACAGGCAUCUCCUCCACCUUCUCGGCCAGCCCAGCCUGGGGAUAAAAAGAGGAGGACGGUCCCGAGGAAGGCACGCAAGGGAAGGGGUCAGCCUCGGCUUCCAGGAGAAGAGGCCCGAGGAAAGCAGUGGGCGCCUUCUGGGGCUUUUCCCCCCCGCAGCAAGAGCGGCGCCUCGGCCCCUUUGGGCGCAUAAGGCCAUCGCUUUCCGACUUCAGCUACAGUGCUAGCUAAGUUUGGAAAGACCAACAGAGGAAAGGACGCGGCUCGCUCUUCUGGGCGCUUGCUUUGCAGUGUUGUCGCUCCUGUUACCACUUUUUUCUCCAUCUCUCCGCUGAUCACCAACCAUGGCUCGGGAAGCCACACAGCAGCAAAGAAGCGGCCAAGGAUGCUGCGGAUCCUGUGUCAGUUACUUCACGUCUGCAAAAUUCCUCCUGUACCUUGGACAUGCCCUGUCCACUUGGGGAGACCGUAUGUGGCAUUUCGCAGUGUCUGUCUUCCUCGUUGAACUAUAUGGAAACAGUUUGCUCUUGACUGCUGUUUAUGGCUUGGUUGUGGCAGGAUCCGUUCUUCUUCUGGGAGCCAUAAUUGGAGACUGGGUAGACAAGAACCCCAGGCUCAAAGUGGCCCAGACGUCCUUAAUUGUGCAAAACGUGUCUGUCAUUUUGUGUGGCAUCCUAUUGAUGAUUGUCUUCAUCUAUAAAGCUGACCUUCUAACGAUGUAUCAAGGGUGGCUUCUUACUUUGUGCUAUAUUUUAGUCAUCACAAUUGCAAAUACUGCAAAUCUGGCCAGCACAGCCACUGGAAUUACCAUCCAGAGAGACUGGGUCGUUGUUGUUGCUGGUGAAAACAGAAGCAAAUUGGCAGAUAUGAAUGCUACAAUACGAAGAAUUGACCAGUUGACCAACAUCUUGGCCCCAAUGGCUGUCGGGCAGAUCAUGACCUUUGGCUCCCCGGUGAUUGGAUGUGGCUUCAUUUCUGGCUGGAACUUGGUUUCCAUGUGUUUGGAAUAUAUGCUGCUCUGGAAAGUUUACCAGAAAACCCCUGCAUUGGCUCACAAAGCCAGUUCAAAGACAGAAGAAUCAGAACUGAAACAACUGAAUGUACAGAAAGAUGGCGAAGUGAAGCCCACCGAAGGUGCCCAGCUCAUUGGUGAAAAGGAGGUGGCCAUCAUGUCACCCAACCCAGAGGAAGAAGAGGUCAGCUGCCUUUCUCGGAUGGCUGAGCCUUUCAGCACCUUCCGUGAUGGAUGGGUCUCCUACUACAACCAGCCCGUGUUCCUUGCAGGCAUGGCCCUGGCCUUCCUGUACAUGACAGUCCUGGGCUUUGACUGCAUUACGACGGGCUAUGCGUACACGCAGGGGCUGAGCGGCUCCACACUCAGCCUCUUGAUGGGGGCAUCUGCCAUCACAGGAAUCCUAGGCACAGUGGCCUUCACCUGGCUGCGUCGCAAGUGUGGACUGGUGCGCACAGGCAUCAUCUCCGGAGUGGCACAGCUUGCCUCGUUGGUCUUGUGCGUUAUCUCUGUGUUCAUGCCCGGCAGUCCUUUGGACUUGACAGUUUCCCCAUUUGCCGACAUCAGUGCUAGAUUGUUUGAAAGCAGUCCGUUGCCUACGAUGGCACCUGAAGGCGAUCUCCUUGAAAUCCCCUUUACAACUGCAAUGUCGCCUUUGGUCAAUGGGUCUACCUCUGAUCCAGGACUGGCUCCCGACUCUGUGCCUCUUAUCUCUGUUAGCCUUCUGUUUGCAGGCGUCAUUGCUGCAAGAGUUGGCCUGUGGUCAUUUGACCUGACAGUCACUCAACUGAUCCAAGAAAAUGUGAUUGAAUCGGAAAGAGGAAUCAUCAAUGGGGUCCAAAACUCCAUGAAUUACCUUCUUGAUCUGAUGCAUUUCAUCAUGGUCAUCCUGGCCCCUAACCCAGAAGCCUUUGGAUUGCUCGUCCUUAUUUCUGUGUCCUUUGUCGCAAUGGGCCACAUCAUGUACUUCCGAUAUUCCCAUAAAGUCCUGGGGAGGAAUGUCUUCCUUUGCUGUACUCCCGAGCUCAAACCUGUUGCUAAUGAUCCUCCAGUGUCUGAUGCAUCAAGUGUCUAGAGGGUAUCCGUUCUGGCUGCCAACUCCUUUUCCAAGUCUGUGUAAAAUUACAUGUUUUCCUUUUUGGGCUUGGAACAGCUCGUGCUUCUUUUAAAAUAGUGGUGUUCAUGACUUUGCCCACUCACCAAGCCCUCAACCUGUCUUGACUUCUUGCUGUCAUUUGUCCUUGGGGAAGUAACCAGGUAUACCUUCACAUAGAGGUGGCAUAGUUUAUUUAUUUAGGGAGAUACCUCCCCCAUAGUUAUAAAUUAACUACAAAUAUAAAGACAGUUAAACUAGGAGGUGAUGAUUCUGGUUAUUUUUGAAAUACAGAAGUGCUGGGUAGGCAAUAAUAAGAAUUACAUGAAGUAUUGGAUUAUGAAUAAUCUGGUUAGUGGGUUCCGUCCUGUCAACCCCCAUUUAACAUAAUUGUGUAUUUUUUGGGAUUCUUUAAACAAACGAAUGGCUUGGAAACCUGUCCAAAAUGUUACACAAAUGAGCAGCAAGAAAAACAAAGUGCUUUAUUCAUAAGCAGAGCUCUAAUAUGUGCCUGAGGUGGGCAAGGAAACAAGUUCACCUUCUUGCGAUGUUUGAACAUGUUGGUUGCUUCAUUAAACGCUGUAAAUAGAAAAUAUUGCAAAAUAUUGUAGAAUAUAUAAUCUGUUUGCAGCACUUUCUAGGAACUCAGAAUAGCCUGGUGUAAACUGCUAUAAAUAUUUUGUUGUUGUUAACUGCUGCCAAGUUGGCUUUGAAUUUCUCCGACCUCCAAGUAACCUUUCCAUCACCAGCCCUGCUCAGGUUUUGAGGAUUCAGGGCUAUGGCUUAUUUGACUUGAGUCGAUCCACUUGUAAGGUGGCUUUUCUCUUUUCCUAUUGCCUUUCGCCUUACCAAGAAUUGUAUUUUCCAUCGAGUCAUAUCUUCUCAUUACUUGACCAAAGUACAACAUUUUCUGUUUAGUCAUAUUGGCCUCUAAGGAGAGUUCAGACUUGAUUUGCUCUGAGAUGUAUUUGGUUUUUUCCCACAGUCCAUAGUCUCAUUAGAAAUCUCAUCCAGCACCACAUUUCACAUGAACAAAAUUUCUUCCUAUCCGCUUUUAUAGACCUAUCAGCUGUAAAUAUAUUACGCUGUAAAGCAUAGAUUUUUUUUUAAAAAAGAUUAAGAAAAUGAUAUUACUAUAUUUUGGAGUCAUCGUUAAAGAUAUGACUUGGAGGAAUCAAGAUGCAUGUGUGUGUGUAUAUAAUAGAGAGUCUAAAAACAUAUAUUCUCAACCACUUAUUUUAGGAUAGCUCCCCUGAUGUCAAGGAAUGUAUUUAGCUAAGGACCAAUUUGGUGGGGACAUCUCUAUCCAAAGCCACUUUGAAAUGGAUGUGGAUUGUUAAUGUGCACAGUCUUUUCAGUGUAGCUUAUGUAGAAGCCAUUUGGAGUGGUUUGAUGCCUCUGUGGGAAUAGAUGUGUGCAGGUAGGUGUGUAUAUUUGUGUGAUGAUAGUAUUUCUGAAAAGUCAGGUACGUUGAGCAUAACAUAUUGUCAAAUGAUUCAUAAUCUUUUACUAGUCCUUUACUAGUUGUAUCCAUGCAGAUGUGCCUUAAAAACCUACUUGCUGAAUAGAUAGCUGGCAGUGUUGUUGACGGCAAUGCCAGGAGCAAGUUGAGACAGGAUUGCUGUAAAUCCUGGAUUGCUCAACCUGUGGGUCCCCAAAUGUUUUGGCUGUCAACUCCCAGAAAUCCUAACAGCUGGUAAACUGGCUGGGAUUUCUGGGAGUUGUAGACCAAAAACAUCUGGGGACCCACAGGUUGAGAACCACUGCUGUAAACUGUCAGUUUGUGCAACCUUUCUAGAGUUAUGUUUGGGGGGCUGUAGUAUCAUAUAAUGUAGUCUUGUUUUUUGUCGCACCCUUUAGCCGUUGUGGAUUGCACAAAGAAGGAUGGUUUUCUUUCCAUCCAUCCAUCCCUUUAUUUAUAUCCCACUCUUUUGCCCCAGGUUGGGACUCAAGGCGAAUUACAAAAGUCAGAAAAUUACAGCACAACCAGAUAAAGUAUAAAAACCUGAGAUAAUUUUGCAGAAGCCUGCUUAGGAUCACAGACUUGGUGGUUUUGGGGCACAUAUGGACAAUCGUACAAGUUUUAUAAAGCUGAUAUGCACUCUUUUGUGUAAAAAAAGUAUCUUUUUACAUCAUAUUACGUACUAAAUGAACAAUUGUAUUUAAAAACUUCCUUUUUUAAGAAAAUGUUUGUCGCUGUAUGAUCUGGUCAAAGCAGCUUUUGAUGAUUAGUAGUAUUAAAAUACUGUUUAUAUUGAGUCUUUUUUGCAGUGUACAGAAAUGGAUACAAUGUCCUAAAUUCAAUUGUUGGUCCCAAAAGUAAACAUAUUGAAUUAAUGGAACUCAUGUUAGAUUUUAAAGACUCAGGGUCCUUCCACACAGCCAUAUAAGCCAAAAUGUCAAGGCAGAAAAUCCAACAAUAUCUGUUUUGAACUGGGUUAUUUGAGUCUACAGUGCCAUAUAUCCCAGUUCAAAGCAGAUAUUGUGGGAUUUUAUUCAGCUGUGUGGAAGGAUCCCAAAGAUCCUUUGAUCAGUCUAUUUUGGUUCAGACUCACAACUGGAUUUUGGCCAAUGCAUUUUCCAUUCAUAGUUUUAUGCACUUUUGUGGAAAUUGCAGUAAUGUUGCUACAAGCACUUUGCUUUCCAGUAGCGCUGAAUCCUUUUUACUGUACUCUGGUGUUUUCUAAAAGACAAGUGUGAUUUUAAAUCUCUGUUGAUAAAUAUUUGUACAAUAUUUCUUUGCAUAAAUAUAAACUAUUUUUCAAA